AUGUCAAAUCACCGUCAUGCCUGUAUUAUUCACCAUAAGAAUCUAGCCCUAUAUUUCAUCUCGAAGGAUAACAAAAUUCCUGACGUCAGUCAUUGCAAAACAUUUAAAAAUUUUCACGCAACCCGCCUCUACAAUAGAUGGGCUAAGAAGAAGAUACAUCAGAAUUUUUCGAACCGAUUAGGAAUUUCUUUCACCACAUCAUACCAUGCGUAUAACACUAAUGUCGUCACUACAAAAGGACUUGAUUUUAUUUAUGGCAAAAAAUAUGGGAAUCUUCAAUUUACUCCCAGUUCGUCUCCAAAGGUGAAAAAAAGACAAGAAGCUCGUUUUAAUGCUUUGGUUAGGCAUACUUUUCAUAACGCCAAGCUGGAUGAUAAUGCGCUAACGGAAGAUAAACUCCGAGCUGCACGACGUCACAAAUUAUUAUUUCAAGAAAAUCAAAGAUUCACCACUCCUGUCAAACACCUUCGAUACAAGAAAAAAUUCAUCGAACCAUCACAAGGUUAUUACACCUUUCCGAUCCCAUUUCCUGAACCUACGACUGUAUCUGUACCUGUUUUAGUGGAGACAAUUUGUAACGUUAGCUCUGUCGCAUCUACAUCGAAUGAUAAUCCUAUAUCCCCAGCUAAUACUGACAAUUGGGAGAAUGUACCUGAACAUUAUAUUCCGUUAAUUCCUCAGUAUGCAGUUUACGAAGGUGGUCGAUUGAAUCAACCUUCUCGUCAUAAAGUUUCGAAAAAGAAAUUACAACCACUUGCAGUUGGCAGUGAUGGCUGGCUUGCUCUCAUGAAAGAGAUCUAUGAUGAUCACGUAUCAACGAUAAAAUAUGAACAAGGAAGAAUUAAUGCUGGAAUACAAUGGGAUACCACUCCCGAUCAAGGCGAAUACCGGGAAGAUCUUUGUAAUCGUGUAAUGGAAGUCACCAACGCUCAGUACAAUUAUGAGAUGAAAUUACUUGAAAUCUCAUCCCAAGUAAUACCCGAAUUACCUACCGUAUCUGGACCACUUAAACAAUGCGAACGCAAAAAACGUGAAAAGCGUCGAUUACAAAUAUUACAGGAUAUUGAACGGAAAAAACUUGAAGAUACUGAAAUCUUAGAAGAGUUACGCUCUUGGCCUUGUGCCAUUAUGGACGACAGACCGCUUAAACGACGUGCCAGUGAUAAUGGCAAUUUAGAUACUCAUUAUAGUUAUCAUAAAAAUAAAAAGGUUCGUAUAUUAUCCGCCUUGAAGGAUUUAGGAAAUAGUUCGUCUGCUCGUACUAUCUAAGUACUCGUUAGUCAAAUUUUUAUAUAGCGAUUUAUUAAUAUAUUAGUUUCUAUCUGUACAUGCUUAUUAGCAUUUUAGUUCGUUUUUUACGUUAGAUUUUUAACAACUUAAAAUAGUGUAAAUCAUUCCACCUCUUACAGUAUUUACAGGU